UCUUUGCUCCUUGCUUAUCUUAUUGGAGGCAUGACUUUGAUUCCACUUGUAUUGUGCGUUUUGUAUUUCAGUACACAGAAAAAACACGUUGAAAGAACAGUCGAUGUCUUGGAAAACCAAAAGGACGAGUUCUAUAAAGUGGGCUGGCUUCAAGUGGAUCAUAUCCAUACACUAGGUAAAGCCACGUCCAUUGGGACUAUUGUGAAGUCUUAUCUUUCUAGCAAACAUCCUACACCUCCUUACUUUGCUGUACUCAAGUUCAACACAUUAUAUUUGUACGAUUCAGAACUUCAGUUAGACUGUAAAGGCAUUAUUCAUGUCAAUAACCACACGGUACACAUAUACCCCUAUGGACUCAAGGACCACGAACUCUUCUCUAAAUCAAGUCGCAUCUUACUCAAAAAGAAGAAACGGUUGUUCUUGGAAGAUACCCAACAACAAAAAGAAUAUUAUCUUAACUGCAGUCGAAGUGUGGAUAAAGAAGAUUGGUAUUUUGCCCUGUUAAAAGCCAAUAAACCCUCUUUACAAGCAACAGAACCGAAAGAUGCGACUGUGUUUGAUCAAGAUGCCAUGAAUCAUUUGAUAUCUACCAUUCAUAGCAACCCAAGUCAGUUUGAAAUGCAAUGGUUUAAUGCACUUUUGGGUCGUAUCUUUCUAGGCAUUUACAAGACAGAACGUACUAAAUCAUUCUUUUACAACAAAAUUUUGUCUAAAAUUGAAAAACUCAAUGCACGCCGACCACCCUUUUUAGAGGAGAUUUCGUUGCGUUCAGUGGAUGGGGGCCAUGGUCCUCCUCAGAUCACCCAACCUCGAUUUAUUCAUCUAAGUCCUCAAGGCGAAUAUACAGGCGACGUUCAAUUAUCAUAUGACGGUCAUUUUCGUGUGGAACUCGAGACUGUCUUAACAUGGAAAUACUCUGACAGAUUGCCCCCGAUCCGUAUUGAUCUCGUACUGGCCAUCACCCUCAAAUCCAUUGAAGGCAAACUGAUGAUCAAAAUCAAAGAACCACCUACCAACCGUGCCUGGCUAGGGUUCUAUCGCAAACCCAAGAUGGAAUGGAUCGUGGAACCUGUGGUUUGGGAAAAACGUAUUGGAUUCUCUGUUGUCAGUAAAGCUAUUCAGACCAAGAUAGAGGAGAUCUUGGCAGAAACACUUGUGUUACCCAACAUGGAUGAUAUGGUCUUUUUCCAGACAGAUGGCGUGGGUGGUAUUUUUGAA